GAGUCGCCGGUAACGCAAAAAGCAAAGUCAAAUAUCGCCGUCAGACAUCAUUAAAAGAAAAGUAGCAAAUACAACUAAAUAUUUAGCAUUUUUGUGUCGUAAAGAGCAAGGAAUAUUAAAGAUUCACCAUGGUUCGAGUUUUGUGUCACAAUCAAGCAGGAGGGUGUUGUCGUGGUCAGCCAGAAGAUCUGACCCCCAUGGAAUUUACAGAGGGGAAGACCUGCAAUGUUAUUGAUGCUGCUAUGGCUAACCGUGCUGCAGGUGCCCUGAAUGCACACAACGAGGAUUCAAAUUUAAGCACCGAUUUUAAUUCCCCCGGAACAAGCUCCGACUCGGGGUCUUCUAGCGAUAGCGACUCCCUGUACGUUGCUGAGGCGGAUCCAACUGUUGACCAAAAAGAGGUCAGUGAAAUGAAACGCCAGCGUAGAAGAGAAAGGAACAAAGUGUCGGCUCAGAAUUAUAGGCAAAGAAGACGCGCCCAGACCAGCUCCCAAAACCAGAUACUUGCCGACUUAGAAAAGCGCCACCAGGAGCUUUUAGAAAUGGUUCGCAAUCUCGAGGAACAGAAGUCCAUCAUCGAAGGGUUGAUUAAGAAGAAGGCCAAGAUUCCUUGGCCUUGGGGCUAUCAUCCUACAACACAUCCUUAUGCCCCCGUGACAGAAGGAAUGUGUGGAUCUGCCGCCAGCAUGGACGCCCCCAUGUCCAUGACAACGAGUGCGAUAGUCGCAUCGUGAUGCUCAGUAAACCGUGAAGGAGUUUUACUGCCGCUCACCAUGUACUAUAUGUAUGCGCCUGCGCGAGGGAGACAACGUCAUAUCCCGUGAAUCUAGCUGUGUUGGCCCGGGGACUUGAAAUUGAUGGGCUUUUACAAAGAUUCCCUCGAAAGGGGGGCUUUUGCAGCACAUUAGAUUGUAUGACAAAUUGUCUCAUGUAUUGUGAAGUGGAAAAGUAUGACAAACACCAAUAUUUUGUCAGAGAACUGUCAAAUAUUGAAGAUUUUCAAGUUCCCAUGACUUCCGUAAUGUUCUAGCUCAGACCAGACAUUAUGACUUACAAUGUGUAUAAUAACUGCCAUGUUUGUUUUCAAUCUUUUUUAAACAUAAUUUGUGAGCGGCAGAUGAAAUAUAACAUUGUUCAAGUUUUUUCCAUUGAACUUGUGAUUAAAUAUCGUCAUGUACUGUU